AUGAGCACCGCCCGAGAGAUAAAGGCCAGGUGCCUCUGCGGCAACUACCAGCUCUCGCUUACGGUUCCUGAAGACCAGCUUCCUCUAACAGCUUCAAUGUGCCACUGCGAUAGUUGUCGUCAUGGCUCGGGGUCACUGUACAUAGGCGGAGCAUUCGUGCCCGACACUUGCAACAAGGCUGUACAGGAUUCGCUUUCUAGGCUCAAGGCCAGUGACUGGUCAAGUCGUAGGACAAUCUUCUUCUGUCCUACUUGCGGCGCUAGCAUCAUCGAAAAACUAGAUGGCCGAUUUUGUAUCCACACAGGAGCUCUCGAUCAGCUUGAGGACACAGUGCAUUUCAAGCGUCAGAUAUUCGUCAAGGAUACUCAAGAUGGUGGCUUCAGUCACUGGCUCAAAGACUUGCCACUCCAGACACAUGCUACUUUGAAUGAUGAGCUGCCAACUGACUGGCCUCGAUCGAGCGAACGAUCAGUCGGCAAACCCUCAGAACGACUACACGCCCAUUGCCUGUGUAAUGGUAUCAAGCUCUGGAUCUCUCGUCCACUGGCAUCUUCAGCUGACCCAAACAACCCCAAAUCUGACACACAACAGCACAACUCUGACCGCGGAGAAUACGAAGUUGAAAACCCAUGGUGGCUCUGUGAGAAUCGCACCAAAUUCUUCGCCGAAGUGUGCCAGUGCAACUCCUGCCGUCAUUCAAGUGGCUGCGAUUUCGUUCCAUGGACCUACGUCCCAACGACUGACAUCUCUCUCGCUGCUGAUGGCAGUGUGCCCUUCUCCCGGGACUUUGGUACGCUCAAGAACUACCGCUCUUCCGACGAAGCAUCGAGAUACUUUUGUGGGCAAUGUGGUGCGACUGUCUUCUACGUCAGAGACGAAAGACACGGCAUUGCAAACGUGGCUGUAGGAUUGCUCGAUGCAGACGAGGGCUCACUAGCACGAAGCUGGCUCUGGUGGAGAACUGAUGCUCUCGACUUCAAAGAGGAUGGCAUCCCUCGUGCUGCCUCUCUUGUGAACCACGUCGAAAGGGCAUUGCAAAAGUGGGGCCAGGCAUCGGCUUCAAGCUCGUGA